AUGUCGACGUCGGAAUCGGACUUUGAGCCUGUGGAGCUUCGUGGUGAGCCACGCUGGUCCAGUAUCCACUAUGCGCCGCAUCCACGUCCUGUACAGUGGUCACGCGCUAUAGACGAGAAGCUGAUACUCCUGGUAACGCAGUCCACAGCCAGCGGAGAGAGGUUCCCGGUCGGAGUCAAUUGGCUGGAAGUUUCUCGGGUGGUGCGACGCUCUCCUGUAGACUGCGUGAAGCGCUACGCCUUUUUACAUGAUGCACGGGAGCGAUACAACACUCUAGAAGGCGAGCAGAAAUAUCUCGAGGAGCAAGUGACGCUCAGCGAUUUUGGAACGCCCGUUACCUCGCCAAAGUCGCAGUCGUUGGAUACAUCCGGGGAAUUUGUAAGGAGUGCACCGACGUCGCCCGGAUCUCCACCGCCUUUUGCGGUGGCUAGACCUGUUACCUCGAGACAGCCAGGAGCUGCUGUGUCUGGAGGAAGUCCGUUCAGAUGGGAAAGUCUGGUGAAUGAUCCGAACUAUACCGCGCCAGUGCUCAACUCGCCUCCAAAUCUACGACACAAGCAGAGCUUUCAAGAGCGUUUCGGGUUCGAGGACGAUGAAGCCAAAGUGCUAUCCUCAGCAUCAUCGCCAAGACUGUCACCGCGAGGUUUCAUGUCGCCUCCGGAAUCACAGGCUCGGAUUGGCGAAAUGGGAGCUGAUCCCAACUACUCAGCCACAGUUCUCACACAUGCAUUCAAGGGGUUGAAACUCGGGGUACCGCUCGGCUCACCGCCUUUAGGUUCACCUCUCAUCGGCUCUCCACGUCUUAGUCGGAAGAUCUCCAACUCAGAAUAUCCCUUCUUAAAAGAAGAAGACAUGUCUGCUCGUCAGUCUGCAGCGAGUAGCAACAGUAGCUUUCGUGGUAUUGGAAGAGCGGAGACUCAAGCUGCAGCUCCGUUUUUGGAUGACGCCUACGGAUCUGGUGAUGCGACAGCCGGAGAUCUACAGCGUCAAAUGAACGCUCACUUGAUGCGCAUGUCCGCUAUGUCCGCCAUGUCGUCCUUCCACGGUGACAACCCGUUCUCGGGUUCCGUGACCCAGUCGGCGUUGGAGGAUGCCUUCUUGGACAUGGCUGGCUCUCGCUUGGACGCUUCCAAUGUUCUCCUAAGUAGCCGCAUGUCAGCAGCACCGGGCUCGCAGUUCCGCAUGCAUCUACAAGGACAAGAGCAUCAGCGUACCCAAGACGCAGCCUUCAAGCCAACUGAAUAAGCGAAGAUGAAGUAUUUAUCCCUUUUUUGACAAGCACAAGCAACGGUAUGCCUUCCAAUACAUUUUAUCUCUUCAUAUCUCUGCAGUUCAAAGACAAAAGCGAAAAAGCAUUCCAACACUGUUAGACCGGUGGAUCGAUCUAUGCCUUAGAGUCGUGCGUGGUCUGUGGGAGUGCCUCCUGCGCCGCCUUAUGCUUCUUAGCCGCCUCGCCCUCUUUGAACUUGGCAUAACCGUAGAGGAUUCCACCGACCAUACCGAACGUGACGUAGAUGGCUGUGUCAGGCUUUAGCGGCUCACCGAGGAGCAAUACACCAAUGAAAGUGGUCGGGAUCUUGUUCAACCCACCCACAGUCGCGUACGUUGUGGCUGAGGUGACGGACACGCACCAGAAUGACGCGAGGUUGAGACCGACACCGAGUACGCCACUGAUGAAGAGCAACAGGGUGAAGUUAAAGUUACCGAGUAGGGGGUUACUCCAGACCGUGAAGGCUUCUCCAUUAAGCACGAGCGGAGGCGCGAGCAAAGGCAGUGAGAUGAGGUUGUUGUAGAAGGCCAUUCCGAACUUGGAGAUCUUAAGCGACGAACGCGACGUGGCAUAGCGCAUGUACAGCACGUAACCAGCAGUCGACGCGCAGUUCAGCACCAUCCAGAAGUAGCCCGAAAUCGUGGAGGGCGUGGCCUUGCCGCCGCCGACGUCACUGUACGAGGACAUGACGGCACCCAUGAGCAUAACGCCGAGACUCACGAGCACGAGGCCGCCUACACGCUCGCCGAAGAAACGCCACUCGCCAAAGACAAUAAUGAUAUUGGUGACGUUCUUAAACACUGUGACAAUGUGGAUAGGGAGUCCCGCCGUCGCCUGCAUGCUCGUGUACAGCAUGGCCACGAAGAAGAAGGUCACCGGUGCCCACUUCCGCGCGAUUGCACUGUCGUAUGGGUCGUACGAGAUCAGCUUCUGCAUCUUCGCAAGCUCCAGUACUAGAAUGGCCACACCAGCCUGCACAGCCACCACGAAGAACUUUUCAUCGAAGCCAUAGUACUUCUUACCCAGCAGAUAGCGGUUCGUCAGCACCAUCACAUUAGACAUGACGCUGUACACGAGGCACGACACGAUGGACAGCACCAGCGAGCCCGCUGCGUGACCUUUUGCAGGCGACAUGACUGGCGGUGGCGAUUCGAAGUCUUGAGCGCGAUGCGGCUGAAGAGACUCUGGAGCAGGUAUCCAGAGGGGGAACUGGAGCCUCGUACAGGUGUCGUU